AUGGAGAACGGCACGAUGACCCAGGGCGAGGGCAAAGACCCGACAAGCUUCCUUGGUGAGAUUAUUGGGCACAUGGUCACAGUGAAGCUGAACUCGGGAGUCAUCUACAAGGGAGAGCUUCAAUCAGUUGACGGCUAUAUGAACAUCGCACUGGAGAAGGCCGAGGAGUGGGUUGCUGGCCAGAAGAAGCGCUCAUACGGCGAUGCUUUUGUCCGUGGAAACAAUGUCAUGUAUAUUGCCGCCUCAUCAUAA